CCAUCGAUCCCGCACAUAAGGAUGAACUGUUCAAAAAAAUUGCAAAUAUCGACACAGACCCGUUGAAAGACUGCAGUGUGCCGACAAUCGCCGAAAUCAGCAGCGGAACAACGGAAUCUGGAAUGGCGGUGAAUGUAACGUACCAGUUCAAUUAUACUUGUCGUCGCCCCUUUAAGGCAGGUUCAUCUCCGUGGUCUUGCAAGGGAAAGGAGGAUUUACUGUGCACUCCGGAGAGAUACUGUGCAUGUUGCUCAGACAUAUACAAGGAACUGGCCUGUCAAUAUAAGGUUUACGCUUUGAGCCGUUUCUGGGACACGUGCGCAUCCCCUUCGGAUGAAAUACCGAAGCUGGAGCCUAUUGAUAGGGACGAUAACGAUGAGCCGAGCUUUUUUUCCGGUGUGAUGCACAGCCCGAAUUACUAUCAUGAUCCUGAGACAGGUAUGCCGUACUGUGACGAGGGAAAAGUGAGCAUGGUCAUCCAUCCUUGCUGUGUACCGAUGGUCAUGAUGGUGAUCUCGAAAGGUUAUAACUGCCUCCAGAAGGUCAUAUGCGGUACCCGUCCAGAACAGGCUGUGAUGUUCAAGUUUGCGCGCGGCGGCUGGCCAUAUGCCCAGAUCGAUGCCUGGUCGGGAUCACUCAACGACGCCUGGGACAGGCUGGAAUCGUAUAAAAGACAUUACUUGAACAUAGCGAUUAACAAACUGGAUACCUGCAUGAAUGCAACUAACGGUGCCCAAAAUCAGUGCGAACAGUGCAAAGCGCAAAAGGAAGUGCAGAGACUGUACAUUAUCGGAAAUACCGUACAAGAGCCUAAAAGAAAUCGGACACAUGUAUUGUGGAUCGCAUAAUUGUUGGUGUUAUUAGUUUCUUUGAAGUAACGGGUUCUUUCUACCACCAUCGCCAGCGCAGACCAGGAGCUAAACCACCGUUUAUUAUUGCUUUAUUAAAUCGCUAAACCUCGCAUCGCAUCGCAUCGCUAUUGCUUUAUUUAAUCGCUUUAUUAAAUCGCUAAUCGCUAAACAACCUCAAUCACUAUAUGCCACAUAUUUCCAUUCUUUACGGUGUCUGGCGUCUUUGCUGUGACGCAUAUAUAACAAUUCGUUUGU